CCCGUCCUCGGGACCGGCACACUGCGGCGUCCGCGUCGACCCGUAGAGGAUCUCGUCCCGUGAUAACGCAAGAAGCGGGACCCUCGUGGACUUCCCUUCUCGACGUCGAAGCGGAAGAGUCAGGACAUUUCGGAGGAGCUUCUGACCUGACGCUAUGGAGGGCUCCUCAAGGGUCCUCCUCUCCCUCCUAGUGGCGGGAUUGGCAGUGCUCCCACACCUGGUCAACGCCAGAUCCCCGACUCCGAACAUACAUAUCUGUCACAGCCUGACCUGCCCUGAACAGGACGCCUUCUACGCGCACCCGACCUUCUGCACAGACUACGUCCACUGCGUCGCCGGCGUCCCAUAUGUCAAGAAAUGCCCUUCAAACCUGAACUUCAACGCUGUGAAGGGGGCGUGCGACCACCAGAGGGACGCCCACUGCACGCCCUUCAAGACGUCCUGCGAGCUGACGAGCCCUUUCGUCCCAGGAGGCGUGACAGACGACCUCGUGACGUGUGACUGCGAAGGCCCCUGCAUCAAGCCGCACCCGUACCGCUGCGAUGCCUUCUACCACUGCGACGCU